AGGAAGUUUCUGAGUAAUUUUAUCCCAUUCACAUAGUUUAUCAUCGGAAUUGUCAUACAGAAUUAACAAAACUUGCAGCCUAAUUCACAAUCUACACCUAACAAAUUAAAUAUUUAUAAACAGAUAAUCUUAAUAGCACUACUAUAAAGCCAAACUUAAUUGUAUCUAAGAAAAGUAAAUUAAGAAGACAAUGUAUACCACUAAAACAUUAUCCCUGUACAAAAACUCCCCAGAAACAAUAUCGUUACCUCCAGAAGGUCCAAAUUCAAGUUACUUGGUUAUUCAAGAUGAAGAAUCCACAAAAACCUGCUGUUUUGGUUUGUGCACAGACCCAUCUAUUAAUCAUCUGCCAUUUCCCCAAAAUAAGCGUCUCUCUAUUGAAUACCGUGUUCAGACCGGCGAAAAUUCCAGCUAUCACUCCUAUGAUGAGGUUUACUUGAUUCCUAUCAUCAAUCAACCACUGUCAUCUAAUCGGUAUUAUGCAAUCAAAGCAGAUGGGAAACGUAAAGGGGAUGCAUAUGCAAGCUCAAAGGAAGAAGAUCAGGGGACUUGCUGUUUCUGCAUUCCAUUCAUCAAAGAUGUCAAACCAAAACCUUUUGAUCCAAAUGACAUAUAUCAGCAGUUUGAGUUCUCUGAAAAGGUAGGAUGCCUAGGUAGUACCUACCUUGUAGCAAAAUCUGUGGCUUCUGAUGGUCACCCUCCAGCGUUUUUACGCAGAAGUGGAUGGCAGAUGAAUGCAAAGAAACUAAAAAAUUCCACCCUUGGAGAAGCUCGAGGUCUCGACUCAUCUCUUCGAGCUCAUCUUCCAGACUUCAAUUUCCCAGUAACUCAAGACCGUUCAAAGUCCGUCGUUGUUGGUAAAUGGUACUGUCCUUUUAUGUUCAUCGAAGAUGGAAGGGCUAAAGAUCAAGUCAAACAGUCUAUGUUCUAUGAGAUGACACUUGAGCAACGUUGGGAGCGAAUAUUUGCUGCUGAAAAUAGUUACAAUCAAGGAAAAGUAGCAUCAGUAAAUGUAGUGGUUCCAACAGAAAUGGUAAGGAUUACAGGUCAGGAAGCUGUGCAAGUAGACAGAAAUGACAGCAGAGGAGUGGUGUGGUUUAAUACUGUCGACGGGAGAGGAGCCAAUGAACAAGUAGGUCUGAGUUCGCUGAUUAUAGAGAGAAUGAUGUGGGAACAAGAGAGAGUUGGAUGGGUUAAAGGGGAAGAGAAGCAUGUCAGGGUGGUAAAAGAUGAGGAAUAUCCAGGAACAGGAGAUUGGACAAGUUUUGGGUGCUAUAUUGUGUUCGAAACUUUUGUUCUUAAGAGGAGUGAUGGGAGCGUAUUGCUAACAUAUGAUUUUAAACACACUCACCAGAUAAGAUUCAAAUGGGAGUGACAUGAACAAGAACGAAUCAUGUGUUAUUGUAGAGUCAAUUAGACCUAUGUCAUCCUCUGCAUCACCUAUACUUCGCAAUAUUUAAACUCAUUCAUCAGUUUGUAAUUUCUCUGUAUAUUCUAAUUAUUUUGCAGCACAUAUCAGAAAAUACAUAAUGUUACGUUGUACUGUGUGAUUGCAUACAUAUAUAGAUCAAUUUGUUCAGUUAGAUUUCGAACAUGUGCAAAGUGUCCGACCACACAUGACCUCUAAAAUAGCAGCCAAAAAUAUUUAAUCAUAUAUACUUCCUCCGUUCCAAAAUACUUUCAU